UUUGGCCUGUUACCUGUGACAGGUAUACAUUCACCGUCACUGGGAAAGGGAGCGCGGGGAUUGGAUGGAGCCCCACCGACACCCGCCGCAAGCCGUGUUCCACCACUCAGCCGGCUCCUGGCUGCAAUAAAAUGGGUGAAAGCAGAGCCAGGCUGACCCAGCUGCGGCAAAACAGAGUCUGCUGCGCCGACAUCUUUACAGAGACCUGGCUCCACCGCAACCUCCCGGAUCGAGCUGUGGGUGCAGGCGGCCGGACCGGGUUCCUCCGGGCCGACAGGAUUCCAGACUCCGGUUCAGACGAGAGGAGGACUCGGUGCUCAUCAGAGACCACAGGCGGACACAGGUGCCAUGUCAAAGGACACGUUCCCGUUCAGCUCUACGUCGCUGCGCUCUCUGAGACUGGAGCGGGACCUUCAAGAGUGGGAGGAUGCUCGGAGAGCGUUGGCUCACAGGAGAGCCAUGAGCAGGGCCCCGCUGCCCCGGGCCCCGAGGCCUCCUCCCAGGCAGCAGCGGCUCCAGGAGGUCCGGGCCCCUCCAUCCCAGGUCCGGUGCAGGGACACGGCCAUUCACAACACCUUCAUGUGUGGGGAUAUGAAAGGAAUAUUCGCGGUGCUGAAGGACCCCGGGAUGGUCAACGCCCUGAUGGAGACGGUGCAUGAGGAGAUGGUGUGGACUCCAGAGAUGGGCAUGUGGACGCUGAGCUCCAAGGUGAAGCAAACCUCAGCAUUGCGUCUGGCCGCCAGUAGGGGACACACAGGAUGUGUGGAGGAGCUGCUGUUUCGUGGGGCUGAGGUGAACGCCGACCCCGGAGGAAACACUGCCCUCCACGAUGCCUGCGUAGGCGGCCAUGCUGUCUGUGUGCAGCUGCUGCUGUCUCACGGAGCAGAGCCUGAACUGCUGGCUGCAGAUGGCAGUGCUCCUCUUCACCUCUGCACAUCUGCCCAGUCAUUCCAGUGUGCAGAGCUGCUUUUAGAGGGAGGUGCUGAGGUCAACGUGAGGACGAGGGAGUCCAGGCUCACACCUCUGCACGUGGCCGCAAAGCGAGGCCUGGAGGAGCACAUGGAGCUUCUCCUCAGCCACGGAGCGGACGUAUUGGCAACAAAUCGAGAGGGCGAGACCCCUCUGAACGCGGCGUGCUCCGGAGCCGAGAGGCCCACUGAGGCCGGCCGCUAUUUGCGUGUGAUUCAAAAGCUGCUGGAUGCAGGAGCUGACCCCAGAACUGCAGGCAGGAAGCAGCACACCCCCCUGCACAACGCCUGUGCAAACUGCAGCCCCCGGAUCGUCGACAUCCUCCUGCAGCAUGGAGCGAAGGUAGAUGUUGCCAACUGUGCAGGAUACACACCGAUGGACUGUCUGUUACAGGUGGUUGAAGAUUACCCGGACCAGAGACCGGAAGAAAUAGCGCGGUCACUUCUGAACCAUGGAGCAAAGCCUGUUUCCCCAAGGACGCUGAAGCAGUGCGUCCUCUCUGCUGCCACUCUGGAGGUGAUGCUGAACUCGUACACCUCUGUCCCUCCCUGUGAGUGGAUGGACUCUGUGCCCACUCAGAUAUACGAGGAUCACCGGGCUUUCUUCGACUUGGUGCGUCAGCGGAGCGGUCAGCCUCGCUCUCUGCAGCAUCUCUGUCGAUGUGCCUUACGCCUGCGCCUCGGAGCCCGAUGUUACUCAGCAGUCAGUAAACUGGACAUUCCCACCUCUGUGAGGGAUUACCUGCUGCUGUGUAAUGACGGGACCCUCCACUGACUUCAUUGUAUACAUGCUUUUCUGGAAACAACUUAUUUUAGAUUACAAUAACCUGUCUGUGUUUCUUUUUUUUAAACCAACACUCUUUCUUGUCAACUUGCAAUACAUGACAAAUACAAAUAAACAACUU